AUCUGAGUUCGAAAUAGAGCUAGGUAUUGACUUAUUCACCUGAUCUUACGAAACCUCCCAAUUUUAUCUGCUGAGUAGGUUAGAAAACCUUAACCUUGGGCAUAUUCUCUCAUCUUUCUAUCUAAUAUAGUUUUAAUAAACACCAAUACUACCAGUAGCAAAACAAGCGAAAUCAAAUGUCGUAGCACCAUCCUCUAACACGCCAAAGCGACCUUCGCACUGGCUAAUGUGACUAUGACUCCGAUGGAACUCGACAAACCGUCGACAGCAGCAAUUAAUGUUGAACAAUCCGAACAGGACCGAACCCAGGGCCAUCUGGUCUAUCCGAGUCAUAUCCCCCCAGACGCUGAACUACCAACCCACCGUAAUAGAGCUUCUUCCGUGGGUACACCCAACCAUGCCAACCAUGCCCAAACCCUUGAUUCUACAAGUGGUCCUAGGAAGACUAACUCAGAACCAAUCAACAAACUACGCCCAAAGCUGACACAGUCUUCAACCAAUGGCUUUCAUCGAGUUCGCCAUAGGACAUCAACCUUUCCCGCCUUUUCACUCUUGAAACGGGCUGGGACGAAUGUUUCCAUGCUUGAGACAACCCUUAGAACCGCGCACGACCACGACAGUGAUGAUGAUAGUUCAAGUUCCUCUUCGUCUGAAACGGGUGAUGAAAGUGAAGGUGUAGAUAAGAUGCCCGGUCAACCAAUACGAAGACCACGGCGGAGGACGUCCGAUGACCAAUUUCGACGAUUCCGAGUAGCGAACGAUCUCUACCACACAAAGGGUAAGGUGUCAAAAAGGGAUGGCCGACUAAGCAUCACGGUAAACGACACCAGUACUACUGGAUACUUGGCUAAGGCAGUGGGAACGGCCGUGAAGAAGGCUGUAACUAGUAGGAAGGAUGAUAGAGAACAUACGAAAAGCCGCCCAACCUCUGAGCGAGUAUCUUCGGGUGCUACCGCUACCUCUGGGAAGUGGAAACAACCGAAACUGAACAUAGUCAUUAUGGUUAUCGGGUCGCGAGGAGAUGCACAGCCAUUCCUGAAAAUAGGCAAAGUACUCAAAGAAGAAUGUGGUCAUCGCGUACGAAUCGCCACACACCCUGCAUUCCGCGAUUUCGUCGAGAAGGAUUCUGGGUUGGAGUUCUUUUCUGUUGGUGGCGACCCAGCAGACCUGAUGGCCUUCAUGGUCAAGAAUCCUGGCAUGAUUCCCACCCUGGAAACGGUGAAAGCCGGCGAUAUUGGGAGGAGACGGGCCGCCAUGGCUGAGAUGUUUGAAGGAUUUUGGCGAGCUUGCAUCAAUGCAACUGAUAAUGAGAAGGAUAUCCAUAAUGUAAAGAUGAUGGGAGAAAAGGACCCAUUCGUCGCGGAUGCUAUCAUCGCGAAUCCCCCUAGCUUUGCGCAUAUCCACUGUGCGGAAGCCUUGGGCAUUCCUCUACAUCUCAUGUUCACAUUCCCCUAUACCCCUACACAAGCAUUUCCUCACCCCCUAGCAACUAUUAGGCGAUCCAACGUGGACCCGGGCUACACUAAUUUCAUAUCAUAUCCCCUGGUUGAGACGAUGGUCUGGCAGGGGCUUGGGGAUCUCGUCAACAAUUUUCGGGUCAAGACCCUAGGAUUGGACCCGGUAUCAACCCUCUGGGCUCCAGGGGCGACUUACCGUCUUCGUGUCCCAUUUACAUAUCUAUGGAGUCCGGGCUUAGUACCUAAACCCGAAGAUUGGGGUGACAACGUUGACGUGUCAGGCUUCAUAUUCCUUGACCUGGCCUCUUCUUUCAAACCACCGAAUGAUCUUGUCAACUUCCUCGACAGUGGAGACAUGCCAAUUUACAUCGGCUUCGGGUCCAUUGUUGUCGACGAUGCCGAUCAAUUUACGCAGAUGAUUUUCGAGGCCGUGAGACUUGCCGGAGUCCGUGCCCUAGUAUCCAAAGGAUGGGGUGGCUUAGGUCAAGAUGAUGUCCCGGAAAACAUAUUCAUGCUUGAUAAUACUCCGCACGAUUGGCUCUUCCCAAGAGUUCGGGCAUGCGUCAUCCACGGUGGUGCCGGCACCACGGCGAUCGCCCUCAAAUGUGGUAAGCCGACCAUGACUGUCCCAUUCUUUGGAGAUCAGCACUUUUGGGGUUCGAUGAUUGGCAGUGCAGGUGCUGGUCCUAUGCCGGUGCCAUACAAACAUCUUAGUGCCGAGAAGCUCGCAGAUGGUAUCAAAUACUGCUUGACCGAUGAAGCACUGGAGGCUGCACAAAAAAUCUCCAAGGACAUUGUGCUUGAGGGCGACGGAGCUCAAAAUGCAGUAAGCUCAUUCCACCGGAAUCUGUCAUUGUCUGGUGAAGAUUCUAUCCGAUGCGCGCUGCUAGAUGAUCGGGUGGCGGUCUGGCGAGUUAAGAAAACUAGCCUCAAGCUGAGCGCUAUAGCAGCCGACUUUCUUGUUGGUAAAGGCUUGAUACCAUGGCGGAAAUUACGGCUUAUUCGGCAUAAAGAAUGGAAUGACUUUGAAGGACCAGGCGAACCAAUCACCGGUCUUGUUGGUUCAUUGAUGGGGACCAUUGGCGACGUAUUUGGAGGAAUCGGGAGUGUUCCCUAUCGGUUAGCUAAAACUUCAAACCAGCGAGCAGAACGAAAGAAGAAGAAGAAAAGAAGGAGGCGCGAACAUCUCUUGAAUCACACGCCAUCUACACCUGGGUCGGUUCCUCUUGAGUCUGCUCGGGAUGCCUACUUCGACGACAUAGAGGAAGGGAUAGGGAAAACUGGACGAGCCUUAGUUCAUGCUCCUGUUGACAUUUCUCUCGCCAUAGCUCAAGGUUUUCACAAUGCGCCCCGUCUGUAUGGUGAUGAAACCGUUAGACGUCCCAUUCGUGUGACCGGAGUCAAGUCAGGCCUCAGGGCCGCAGGGUACGAAUUCAUCUACGGUAUCUACGACGGAUUUACUGGGCUCGUACGACUGCCAAUCUUAGGUGCCAGACAAGACGGCUUCAAAGGGGCGCUGACGGGUAUUGGCAUGGGACUUACCGGGUUCGUGCUGAAGGAUAUCGCGGCGGUCCUUGGACCUAUAGGCUACACCCUCCAAGGCAUUGCUAAGCAAAUCGACCGAGGCAAGCAGCCUAUCAAGUAUCUGCGUCGCGCGCGUAUUAUUCAAGCGCAAAGAGAGCUCAGUGCCAUGACAGAGGCAGAGCGUGAGGCCUUAUUAGGGGCGACUCUCAGCGGUUGGAAAAUCAUGUGCGAACUAGCAGAUAUAAUAGCGCUAGAAAGGGGCAAAACACACGUCCUCCCACGUUUCGGUCGGAGGUCAAGGAACCCGAAGAAGAAUUCACUAGGCAAGUACGGAAAAGGCCCUGCUUUUGAGACCGCGCAGACCGCAGAGCGAGCCAUUCAGUGUAUCACCAAUGGCGAAAACAUCGAUGUCGUGCUGGGGAAGCGCAUGAGAAGUUUUGAUAUGAGGAGAUUUUCCCACGACGAGGAGAGAGUUGAUCAGGCUAGGGCAAGUUUAUCGCAGAAUGGAUAGGGGGCGGAGAAGUAUUUCCCAUUGAGAAAAGGGAUAGGGCUUGCUAAGGAUGUGAAUGAGGACGGGCAAGGAAGGUAGUUCUGGUAUUGAUGUCAAUGAGUGUUCUGUGCAAGGUUAUGGCGAGCUAAGCAAGAAAGGGAGAAGGGGAUAUAAUUCACUGGAUGGAUGGAUGGAUGGGCCCAAUACCUAGGGACUUAUUUACUUACCUCCUACGCUACACCACGGCACAUCAAAAGGAGUUGGUAAACGAAAGAGUAGGACUCGAGACGAAUAAAGGAUGGAUAUAAUGAAUCAUGGGUCAUGGAUACCUCACGAGCGCAGUAAAUGGGGCGUUCUGGUUAGCCGGAGUUGGCGAUGGUGUUUUUUUUUUUUUUGUAUAGAUAGGUGCGUAUAGGUAUAUAUACCUAUAUACCUAGGGUAUACAUACUUAGGUACCUGGUAUGUGAUAAACUGUAAUUCUUAAUGUAUACCUAACUAUUGGGUUCUCUUACUUGGGUUAAUGCUGUAGGGUUGCAUAAGAGGUUUGCGGUAAAGGUUGCUUAUACCAUGAAGGCGUACGUACGUACGUACAUACCUAGGUUAGGUAAUUCUGUAAAUAUACGAAACUCCAGAGGCACUUCAAGGUGACAGGCAGUUGUCUAUGUAGGUACCUACAUACCAAGGGAGAAGUUUCAAAAAAAAAAAAA